UGGAGUUUGGAAGCUGCUUCAAUGGCGACUGCUGCUUCUUCUACUUGUUGCCAAUUCUUGACUCCAGUUUGGUCUCCAGGAGCCCAUCCAGUUAUCUUCCCUCCCAUCUCCAAACCAACCCAUUUUCAACCUUUCCUUGCUAAUGCUUCUCUCCAAAACUCUGCCUUCUCUCCAACUCCAACCACCUCCUUCUAUUCUCCAUUAUCAGUAAAAGCCCAAGCUGCCACGCCAGGAGAGACACAACCCAUGCUUCCUCCUUACAACGUUCUUAUAACUGGCUCAAGCAAAGGAAUAGGGUAUGCAUUGGCGAAAGAAUUUCUGAAAGCAGGUGACAAUGUCGUAAUUUGUUCAAGAUCUGCUGAACGGGUGGAAUCUGCUGUUAAGAGCCUCAGAGAAGAAUAUGAGGAGCAGCGUGUGUGGGGUACUCAAUGUGACAUUAGAGAGGCACAGGAUGUGAAGAAUUUGGUUUUAUUUGCACAAAAGAACCUGGGAGACAUUGAUAUUUGGAUUAAUAAUGCAGGAUCAAAUGCAUAUAGUUAUAAACCACUGGCAGAAGCAUCAGAUGAAGAUCUUAUUGAAGUUGUUUCUACAAACACCCUUGGGCUGAUGAUUUGUUGCCGAGAGGCCAUUAAGAUGAUGUUGCAGCAGCCUCGAGGUGGUCAUAUUUUCAAUAUUGAUGGAGCUGGUUCAGAUGGAAGGCCAACUCCUAGAUUUGCUGCAUAUGGAGCAACCAAACGUAGUGUAGUGCAUUUGACAAAAUCACUGCAGGCUGAACUGCAGAUGCAAGAUGUUAAGAAUGUAGUAGUACAUAAUCUAUCGCCAGGAAUGGUUACAACUGAUCUUCUCAUGUCUGGUGCAACCACAAAGCAGGCCAAGUUUUUCAUCAAUGUUUUGGCAGAACCAGCUGAAGUGGUUGCAGAAUACCUGGUCCCAAAUAUCAGGUCCAUCCCAGCAAAUGGAUCAUGGAAGCCAACUUAUAUUCGGUUCCUCACUGGAUUGAAAGCUUACUCUCAGAUCUUUUCAAGACUAGCAUUUGGUGCAAGAAGAAACAGAUACAUGCUUGAAGAUUGAACUUCCAUAUUUCAACACCCCCACCCCUUUUUUGCCAAAUCCAUAGUUAAAUACUGUGUUAUCCCGGAUGCUUUUACCAUUUCUAUCUGCUUCAUUAGUUCUGAUCCACUGUUUGCACUGUUUCUACUUUAUCUUCAACCAUUGUGCAAUCAGUUAAUGCAAAAUGUGGAAAUUCAUGCUGUCUUUA